AUGCCAAAUCCCCCGAAUAUCUUUAUCGAAAGUCGAGAGCAUCUAGUAUCCCCUGCGAGCGUUGUGAUGUCGGUCGUAGAUCCUGCCCCACGGACAAGACGACGGGCAGCUCAUGCAUGCGAUGUCUGCCGAUUGAGGAAAAUCAGAUGCGAUGGGCACAAUCCAUGUGCUACAUGCAUAGCGACGGAUCAGGAUUGCUCGUAUGGAAUUGAAGUGAAUCCUCGGGGCAAGAAUGACUCGAUUUUGGAGGGCGUCCUCCGCAUCGAGAGAUAUCUACAGGAUAUGAAUGCAAUGAUGGCUGCUUCGCCUGCUUUUAUGAAUCAUCAUGUCGCGAAUGAUCACAAUUCAGGCUCGCCUCAAACGGCGUACUCAGGAGGAGCAACCAUUUCAUCGCCAGUACCACAACAGAUAACUAGACCUCGUCAUCUAUCUUUUCAUGAUGAACAAAGUGUCCACAAUGCCGUUUUAUCUUCUUUUCAUACUUCGGCUACCGAGUCCAUUCUUUCAUGGCAGCUAUUCGAUGUGUUCCCUUCCGUCAGACAAAAUUACACCUCAAUAUUUCAUUUGGAACAAGCAAUUAUGCCAAUUGCUAGCAGGUCGUCUACCAUGCAUCCGUAUGUCGGAAGUCCAGAGCUGGAUCACAUCAUGGAGUCAUUUCAAGCAAACAUAAAUUUUUGGUAUCCUGCGAUGUCAAAUAACAAAAGAAAUCAACUCCGAGAUUGUGUUCUGUUACGAAAAUUGGAGCAACCUACAACUUUAUCUGUUUUGGCUCUGUUGAUGAUGGCACUGGGAUGCGCAAGUCAAUCAAUCAUAGAUAUUGCUGUUCCGAGGGAUCUGACAUCGGAUGAACAUGAGUACUACAAGGGACGUAAAUUAAUGGCAGAUAUCUGUUUCGAUGAAGUUCUCAAAAGGCUGUACAUUGCCCAUACCGAAAUGAGUUCAACUGCUGUUCAGUGUCUUUUCUACACCGCGGUAUACUUUGCAUUUUCUCAGCGACCACUUCAAGCAUGGGAAUACAUUAAUGCAACCGCUGCAAAAUGUCGACUACUCUUAUCUUACCACUCACCUGGAGAAUCGGCCGAAGAUGUCGAAUGUUUAAGGCGCAUCUUCUGGUCAUGCUAUAUUCUUGAGAGUGACUACCUUGCGGAGUUAUCUGGUCUUCCUGAGUCUGGUCUUGCAUCAAUUGAAUCAACUAUACCUCUUCCAGGUAGUUACGAUACACAUGACUCACAAGUAGAUGAAGAACAUUCAUCACUCUAUUUCCUAGCAUGUAUCUCGAUGCGUCGACUUUUAAAUCGCGUUCACAACCUUCUUUAUGCCAAAGAAACCGGAGCAAGUCUUGACGACGCACGAUUCCCGUUCAUUGUGGAAGAACUAGACCAUCAACUCGAAGAAUGGAGGGACUUCUUACCCCCAGCUUUACAAUUCGUCGUCAAUACACAACCUGCUCAAGGUCAACACGCAAGUUUCCUGAGACAGAGAUAUUUGACAUGUAGAAGUGUUAUUUAUCGACCCUACUUGACUUGGGUUCUUACAAAUCAUUCUCAAGACACAAACGUCGCACAAAACGUACUGGAAAAGUGUCGAAAUUGUUUAGAUGCCUGUUUACUUCACAUAAUUAAUUUACGAGGAUUUGCGCAUACGGUCAUGAUGGAUACUUGGAUAUGUUCUUUGUCAAUGACAGGCGCAAUGCUUGUACUCCUCGCCGCUUCCCGUCUUCCAUAUCUCCGCAAUCUUCUCGGCCAAGACGUCACAAACAUUGGAUCACAUCUUCAAACAUUAAUUAAAAGGAGUUUAGAACAGAGAAAAAAGAUUAGUUAG